CGGAGGCUGCAGCCUUCCGAUUGAGAAACGGCCAUAGAGGAGCAACAAAAUGGCGCAGGCAAUAUUUGAGGUUCUGGAAGGCAUGGACAAUCAGACGGUCCUGAAUGUUCAAUCACUAUUAGAUGGUCAAGGUGGUGUUUUGGACCCCAGCACACAGAACGUCUCAGGAACGACCAUCCACCCGAUGGACGAUGACGACGUUUUUCUCUGUGGUAAAUGUAAGAAGCAGUUUAACUCUUUACCGGCGUUCAUGACCCACAAGCGUGAACAGUGUCAAUCCAACACCCCAUCACUGGCCACCGUAUCGCUCGCCUCUAACAACACUUACACCUCCGUCCCGUCCAUCAGCACUGGACCACAACUACCCGUGAACAGACAGGUGUCCACGUAUAUCACCGUACCGCAAUCUCCUCUGACGCACACACUGGUCCAGGGUAACGUGUUGGUCAGCGAUGAAGCUCUGAUGUCGGCGAUAUCAGCAUUCAGCUCUCUGGAUCAGCCAAUGGCAGUCAUGCAGGGAUCUGUGCAGAAUAAUCUCAGCAUGCACGCAGGAACCUCGUAUCUGCAGCACCAUCAGCAGCAGCAGCCUCCACAGCCCCUCCCACCCAGUCAGGCCACGCCCCUUUCCUCACAGGUGCCCUCCAGCCACAGUAACUCUAUAGUGCAGGUGUACAGCACACUGCCCUCUAUGGCUGGAGGCGGUACUGCAGAAGUCUCGGCUCUGGGCCUGCAGUCAUUUCAGUCUGUGCAGGUCCCCAGUCAGUGUGUGGAUGGUCAGGGGUUUAAUACGGCUCCAGUGUACAGCCCUGGAAAACAAAGCACAAAAAACAAGACCUGCACGCUCUCUGAACUGGGAGAAUACAACAAAGUCAUCAUUCCCAAAAGAGCCAGAACAUCCAAGAAAACACAAGACGCAGGUCAAGUCAAAGGAAAAGCACAGAAACUAAAGUGCAGUUACUGCGAUAAAGUCUUUACCAAGAACUUUGACCUUCAACAACACAUGAGAAGUCACACGGGUGAAAAACCCUUUCAGUGUAUCGUGUGCGGUCGAGCCUUCGCUCAGAAGUCUAACGUGAAGAAACACAUGCAGACGCACAAGGUUUGGCCCGCCGGUGUCCACAGCAGCGUCUCCAGGAUGCCCAUCACCGUCCAGGUUCUUCAGCUGAACAAUGAGACCUCACAGCAGAUGGACGAAGAGCACCAAGAGCAAAGUGAUGCCUUAGAGGAGAGAAACGGUGUGGAGACGCAGGGCUCGGCGGAGAGGAAACAGAACAAACAGGUUCUCCUGAUCGACAGCUCGUACCAAUGUCAGUUCUGCUCAGGCAAAUUCAGCACCUACUUCCAGCUGAAGUCUCACAUGACCCAACACAAGAACGAACAGGUUUACCGCUGUGUCGUGAAGAGCUGCUCUCAGACCUUCCAGAAGUUGGAUCAGUUUCUCGAGCACAUCCAGACGCAUCAGGAACAGCUGACGUACCGCUGUCAUCAGUGUGCUAAAGUCUUUCCAUCGCUCUUUGAACUGGGUUUACACCAGUACUCCCAUAGCUUCUGUCCUCAGCAGAACCAGCGCAAAGAGACUAACUACUACAGAUGUAAUAAAUGUCAGAGCAAAUACUCCACACAAGAAGCCCUGGAGCAACAUUUACUAAACGCCACACAUAACUACCCGUGUCCUCACUGCCAGAAGGUGUUUCCCUGUGAAAGGUAUUUCCGCAGACAUCUGAUCACUCACGGAGCGGGCGGGAAAUUUAAAUGUCCCAUCUGUAAGAAGUUCUUCAAAACUGAGCACUACCUUAAACUACACACACAGAUCCACUCGGGAGAGAAACCAUUUAAAUGUUCUGUGUGUGAGGCCACGUUCAACAGAAAAGACAAAGUUAAGAGACACAUGUUGAUCCACGAGCCCUUCAAGAAAUACAAAUGUCCGUUCAGGACUCAUGUGGGCUGCACCAAAGAGUUUAACCGGCCUGACAAACUCAAAGCUCAUAUUCUCUCUCAUUCAGGUAUUAAGCCAUACAAGUGUCAGUUUUGUCAGAAAUCUUUCAGUCGUCACGCACACAUGCUGGAACAUCAGCGCUCGCACACAGGUGAUUACCGCUAUCGCUGUUCCUCCUGUAACAAAGGCUUCACUCGCCAGAAAUACUACAGAGAUCACAAGUGCCCGAUGGCAGGGGCCGCAGCAGGGGACACAGAGGGACCCGGAGGGUUGAAAGGGCACGGAGACGCCAGUGAGGGAACAGGGGACGGAUCUCCUGCGGUGGAGCCGGAUGAACCUCCAGAAAACACAGAGGAAGAAGAAGAUGAUGAUGUACAGGACAGAAUGAUGGGUGGAGGAGAGAAGCAGAUGAGAGAAGAAGAGGGGAGGGAUGAUGGGACAGGGUUGGAUGAUAUGCAAGAGGGAGUCGGAGCCGUCGGGCACCCAUGUGCUUUCAAACAGUGGAUGGAUGAGGGUGUCAAGAGUACUUGAUGAACACAUGGACUGCCGAUUUGCAGGCACAAAACUAUUUAGAAUAAAAAAAUUAGAUGUAACGUAUUAGCCAAACAUACUGAAGAAUCUAUACAAGCUCUCUGUCAUCUUAUUUAUAAAUCUGUAGUGGGAGGAGCUUCAUCACCCUCAGGCACCAAUAGAAAGUCAUCUUUAUGAUGUUUCCAAUCAAAAGGCUCAUUGUAAUUCUAAAGUGUUUUAUAUUAAAACAUUAUGAAAUUUAUGUUCAGUUUUCUCGCAUUUGAUGCAAUGAACUCUGAGACGGUGACUGCAUUUUUUGGAAAAAUAAACCGCUCAAUCGAA